AUGCCAGACUGGCGAUACAACGUGCUGUCGACGAGCGAGGCGUUUCUGGACGCGAGUGGGCCGCCCCGGGAUCCUCUCGUGGCCAGCUACCCGCGCCGGGCCGACCGCUCGCGACCUCUGAACACCUGCCCCUACACAACAAUAUUCCUGGGCACCCGAUCGCACGUCCCCUACCGCCUGCCGCCACAUUCCGACUCCGGCGACCCCUACGCAGACGCCUACUCCGUUGACCGCUCCUCCAACCUAACGGACACGUCGAGCUUCGCCCGCUACGAGGACUGUCGUCCGCAGAUAGACGACGCGCUAUCCGAAGGGAACGAACAGGCGUACCCCGCGGACGAUGCGACCGACGGAAGCGUAUCGCUGCAAGUCCAGAAAGUGCCAUACACCUCCAGCGUUUUCUACAUUUCCACCAAAACGGACGCCGUGCAGAAGGAUGGCCAGGGGAACAAUCUGUUCCUUGUCGAGGCCUCCGACUCGGACGCCCUGUCGACCUGUACAUGCGACAGCUUUGAGCGCUGCGAGUUCGACUGCAGGGACUUCGAGCCGUUCUCGGACACGUGCUGCUGCGACCCGCUUAGCGACGGGGUGUGCAGUCGCAGCCCGAAAGCGGUCGAGUCCCCGGAGGACUUCUGCGAGAAGACCGUUGAGGAAGACGGCGCGUCCGCGCGCAGCGAUAUGGACGGCCUCGAUCUGACUCUGUUCGAGCCGGCACGGGCGGCGGCCAAUGAGUCUGAGGCUUGUUCAAAUGCACAGAACGCGCGGGUGGUUACCGCGGCUCUGUGCGGCGUAUUGUUUGCACUGCCGGAGCCUACUAUCGACGCGGCGCCGAGUGCUUUGAGCGGAGCGGCAGUGGGUGUGCCGCCUUCUUGGGAACCUUUCUACUGCGUGCUGCAGCAAGACCGACGCACUCUUACCGCCUACACCAGCGAGGAGCUUGCUUCGUUUCCGGGAUUCUAUGUGGACCGAAAGACAUCAAACAACAAUGGCGAAUACUCAACACGAAGCUUGCCUCGGGUCAGAAUAGACACUGGUUCAAACGCAGCGAACGCGGGAGUAAGAUUGCGAUGUUGGGCAGCACCGCCUUCUAUAACCGAGGAGGAAGUCGAAGAUGAUAUUGAAGAGGAUGCUGUUUCGCUACGAGCAGUGCCCGUUCAAGGUACG